CUUUGUGUUGUUCUUUUGUUCAAUUGAAGUUCAAGGUCGUCUACUCAUAAUACCUAUACAGCAAUAUCACAUACAAAACCAACAUUUUUCCAAAAGAGCUUAUAUACCUUCUGUACCAUUAUACAAUGCGAAUGCUAGAGAAUAUCUUGUAUGACCAACAUGUUGAAUUUAUAAGUUCAGACGUAUGGGUGCCGUCGUCUCAAUGUACGAAAUCUAUGUGUCCUCAUUCACUGUUUAUCGAAAAAGAUUCUUCUUCGUUGAAACAAACCAAACAAGCAUUUGAGGUUCAAUACGGAAGUGGCUCUGCAGUAGGAAUUGCAGCCUAUGAUACACUUACUAUCAACAGCUUUACUUCCUCUAACCAAGCAUUAGGGCUAGUAACAUCAGCCAAAGGGUUUUUUAGUUCUGGUACUAAUUCAACAGACAAGGCGAGCGGUAUUCUUGGUCUCGGUUUUCAAGGACUGCUGAGAAAUCCUAACGAGGAAACAUUCAUAACAAACCUCGUAAAAAAUAAAGUAAUCGAUGAGCCAGUUUUCUCCAUUUAUUUGAACAAACAAGGCAAUUAUGGAUAUACAGGAGAGAUUGUUUUGGGUGGUUAUGAGACAGAUCGACUGAUGGGUGGAAUACGCUUCUUACCAGUGGUCAACUACGAUUCAACAACAGGCAAAGCGAAUAUAGGUCGCUCGUUUCGAAACAGCAACAGUAGCAAACUGUACAAAUAUUGGACUGUCGCGGGCCAAGCCGUACUUAGCUAUUUAUCUGACGGUACAAAACUUUAUGAAUCUCAGUUCAACGAUAUUCAACCGGUUAUAUUGGACACAGGCACCACUCUAUCAUAUCUUGCUGAAGAUACAGUUGUCUCAUUACUGAGAACUAUAACGUCUAACUACAAACCUCUUGCAUUGAAUGAAGGAACUGUGCAAGCCUACCAAGUUAACUGCUCUGACUUUCUCAGCCAAGAUAUCUGGUUUGAUUUCCAGUUCUCCACGUCUAUCAGUGAUUUUUCAACAUCUCCUGUUGUGAUACGUGUUCCAUUAAAGGAAUUAGCUUUACCACAAGAUACGGAUUCGAUCGAUACAGCCAAGACAUGUUUAUUUGGGCUGGCUCCAAUUUCUGACUCGUUUGUAGCGUCGGUAGGAAGAGGCUGGAUCUUGGGACAGACAGUAUUAAGGAGCGCAUAUGUAGUGCAUGAUAUGCUAGGAUUACAAAUAGGCAUUGGAGCAGCUGCUAAUGGCUAUAAUUUAACAACGCUUGACAGCGGUGGCUCUACUGUUAUCAUUACCCACGCAACGAGUAUUUCAGUAGCAUUCUGCAUUAUCCUCGUUUUGCUGGCAAUAAAUAUACCAUCUUUUAUGUCGAAAUAAUUAAUUAUACAUUAACGGCAGUUAGGAAACUGCUGCGAUGCAUCUUCAUUUUAUAUACUAUCCAUAUACGUACAUCAUUUUAUUUCACGGGUUCAAUGUCGUGUGUUGUAUUUUAUAUCGUAUGUGAUAACCAUACUGAAGUGAUCAUGAUCCAAACAUUCGUAAGUAAUAUUUUGUUAGACUGAGAACAAAAAGCUGUAUACCACUUGAUGGUAUAAUUAAUAUAUAAAACUGUUGCCUCGGACGUUUUCAAUUUCAUUUUGGUUCAAGGUCCUGCCGAAAAUCAGGCUGAUUUUGAAACUACUAUAUUCAAACUCUGCUUGCUCCUUACCAAGACAGUUCACUUUACAUCAUGCUUUGGUAUCGGAUAAUAUGGUACAUUUAAUGUACCUGAAAUACAAAAAAAAAAAAAA